UAUAUAGAGAGAGAAGGAUAAGAUGUGGAUGAACGAAAAUGAAAGUUGACCCCCUCAUAGCAACCACACAUGGAAGUGCAGAAACCAGAUGCCACCCAAAUAAGGCUUUAGGUCCCAAAAUCUCUGCAACUCUCCACCAAAACAUGAAGACCUCAACCCUCAAUCUCCAAAUCUACAAGCCACACCAAGCUCACCACAAAGUCCCCACCACCAUUUUCCACCCGCUUCAACGCAUCGCCGCAUUCAAACCCCACAACAACCAUCGGAGCACGCCACUGAAAACCACUGCAAUAACAAACAAGCCAGUGAUUCAAGUAACCCACAAAAGAGAGCUCACACAUGUUCCACCAAGUGAUUUCUCACGGUUUGUGGUAGUGGGAGCUGUUUCCAUGGGUUUGGCUUUGCUUCUCAUGGAAGCCGAUGUUCAAAAGGCUUUGGCUUUGGGUCCUGAAGGGCCAUUGAUGGAGGAGUUUUGGGACAAUGUGAGGAGAUACGCGCUUUAUGCACUCACCGUCAGUACUGGGGCUGUUUAUACCAUCAUGCAGCCUAUACUGGAGUUGUUGAAGAAUCCCAUCUCUGCGGUUCUUAUAUUGGUCAUUUUGGGUGGUGGUAUCUUCAUUGUUUCGCAAGUACUUUCGGCUAUGGUUGGUGUCACCGGUUUUACUUACAGUUAUGGAUAUUAGGUUCCCUAAUGACGGUAAUCGCGAUAAACGCUAUAAAAAAAAAUUAGGAUCAUUUGAAUUUUUGGUUUUCCUAGACUUCAGAUUGGUUGGUUUUUGCUUUGAGUUUACGAGUUUUUCCGGUUUUCAGUUUUGUGGUCUUUCCAUUAUCUUAUCCUUCCAAGAUCAUCUUAUCUCUCAUG